AUGGUACGAAAGAGUCGAAACUUUGAUGGUUGUUGGACUUGUAGAUCUAGGAAGGUUAAAUGUGAUUUGCGGAGACCGAAGUGUCAGAGAUGUAUUAAGGCCGGUAUUGAUUGUGCUGGUUAUAAUAUCAAGUUGGGAUGGUCAAAUCCGUUGACUAUUUCUAAGGAUAAUAAUGCAUUGAUCUGUCUUGGUUCAGAGGAAAACGAUGGAAAUUCAGAAUCUACAUUUCAGAGACGGAAUAUUGAUUUUGUUAAAUUCUCAAACUCGCUGUUGUAUGAAACGUUUAAAGAAGUGAGUAAUAGUUUGAACAAAUUAGAGAUCAUUUCACAACAAAAUAAAAGUCCUAAUUGCAGAGUUGGACCGUUUAGCGUAUACAGCAUAGAAGGCUUGAAAAGACAAAAGCUACUGGGUCAAGAACCCUAUGAAUGGCAGAACAAUUACAACGAUGAGAGCGAUAGCGAAAACUCUGAUCGUAAUAACGAAAUUUAUAAUAACCACAAUAGCAACAAAGGUACCGAUUAUAACCUGCGUAAUGAAAUUGAAGGAUCCAUUUUUUCUAAGAAUAAUAAUUCUUGGGUUCAUUAUGAAUUGUUAGACUCUGCUAAGUUAACAACAUUAGCCAUUAAAGGAAUAGACUAUAAGUUGAAUGAGCAGAAUAUGUUGCAUAUAUUGUAUCCUAAAUUUUUUCCGAAUAUCGAUUCAGAUGAUUGGCUUGCGGAUCAGAGUAUUUUGGGAAGGCUCUUUUACAAAUUACCUGUUUCAAAUGAUUUACAAUUAACAAGUCUAUUUAAAGAAUUAUUAAAUAAGUUUAAAGAAGUAACCUUAUCUUUUGUGAGAGUAAAAUAUGCCAAUAAUUAUUGGGAAACCAUAGUUAUGCCGUUCAUUAAUAAUAUCAUAUGUGAAUUUGUUUGCAUGAAUUUUGCAUCUUGGACGAACAUUAAAAUGAAACCAGAGGAAAACGCCAAUAUGUCUCAAUUAAAGAAUCACAUUAAGCUCGGUAUUGUAUACCUUUCAUUCAGUCUUUCAGCAAUUCAAAUAUCCAACGGGCUAUCGAAUAACGUAAUUAACGAAAAUGAAACAUACCAUAUGAACGAGUAUCUUAAGUUAAGCAUUGAAUUGAGAAAGAUGAGCAUAACUUUGCUUGAUUAUCAUCUAGAUGAAUACGACAAUAACAUGGAUGACAACACCAAUGAGUAUGAAAAUUUGUUAUUGCUCUGUAUUAUAUUGCAAAUCCAGGCCGAUAAUUAUUUCAGUGUAUUUGAAAAUUAUGAAUUACUAUUUGCAAUUGGAGGAUUCAUAUUACAAAGCAAGUUUAAAGAAACAGAUGCCCUACUGGAUUUAUCAAAAUAUCUUACCAGCACAUUUCGGCUCAUAAGCGUAUUCUUCGAGUCUACUCAUUCAAUUAAUGUAUUCACGUAUUCAAUUGAUCCAGCUGAUGAAGAAAACUACAAGGAGCUGGGUGCAAGUCAUAAUCUAAUAGAAGCUGCGAGAAAAAAAUUAGGCCCUGACCUUCCUGUAAAGCCGUGGAUUCCGACACCAGGGGUUGAUACCGAUUCCAUAUAUCUCAUGUAUGGUAUACCGCGUUCGUUGAUCAAGCUUUUCAAGAAAGCUGUCGAUUUAACCAACCAUAAAAAUAUCUUCCGAGCUCGAAAUGAGUUUCCAAGGCACUUCUUUAAAGUCUGUGCAGACGUAGAACAAUUGAUCUCUGAGUGGGACGUCAACGUGCAUUGGAAACUAUACAACGAGAAGUACAACCCAAUUUUGAAGGAAAUAGAGCGUGUGUAUAUUCUGCGGUUCCACCAGGCGCUAUUUCAUUAUAUUAUGGCAUUUCACAAUGCACUCAAGGUUUAUUUCUAUCGCCUCGUGCAAGAUGCGACUCCAGACAAAUACCAGCGGUACAUACAACAUUCUCUCGCCCAUCUACGCGAAUUAGUCACCAUCAACAGACAGGUUCCCGAGUUCGAGUUCAAGCCAUCCUUUUGGGCCCUCUUGGUGUGUGGCAGCGACGCCAUAGAUGUAACGUUGCAUCGCGAUAUAAAACUGUUGUGGUCGUCGAAAGAAAUGGGCUACUUCAACUACUGGAGAGGUAAGCAACUUCUUUACGAGGUGUGGAAACGGCGAGAGAUCGGCGAAACCCAUAGUUGGAUGGACAUGGUACGUGAGUGGGAUAUCGUGUUGUGUUUGGUUUAA